GGGAUUAAAGGCGUGUGCCAGAGAAGGCAGGGCCCCGGGUAAGAUGGCGGCUACUGCCGCCGGUGUGGGCCUCCUCGAGGAGGAGGCGCUGCGGCGGAAAGAACGGCUGAAGGCCCUCCGGGAGAAAACCGGACGCAAGGACAGGGACAAUGGGGAGCCACAGACCAAGAAGCUCCGAGAAGAGGAAGAAGAUGGGAAGCACAGGGGUCUCAGGCUUCGCAACUAUGUCCCGGAGGAUGAGGACCUGAAGAGGAGGAGGGUCCCCCAGGCCAAACCAGUUGCAGUGGAAGAGAAGGUGAAGGAGCAACUAGAGGCUGCCAAGCCAGAGCCUGUCAUUGAGGAAGUGGAUCUGGCUAACCUGGCACCCCGGAAACCUGAUUGGGAUCUCAAGAGAGAUGUGGCCAAGAAGCUAGAGAAGCUAGAAAAGCGGAGGACCCAGAGAGCCAUCGCAGAGCUGAUCCGUGAACGCCUCAAAGGCCAACAAGACAGCCUGGCUUCUGCAGUGGACGCCACCACUGGACAAGAGGCCUGUGAUUCUGACUGAGGUGUUCUCCAUGUCCCAUCUGCCCAGCACCCAUGUCCUGCGGGAAGAUGGUCUUAGCCAGGGGUGGGUUUAGGCUGGCCAGCACUUCCGGGUCUCAAGAACUAAGCUAGCCCAGUCAAGUCUCAACCUCUUUGAGAUGAGGCCAGCUCGUCCCCAGGGCAUCCACCACUGUGAGUGUUUCAGAGCUGAGGCCUGUA